UGAAGAUUCGGUUAUAAAUGAAGCCUCCGCCCCUCGGCCCGCCGCGAGCUCUGUGUGCGGGGCCGACGGCGGCCGUCCUCGCAGGCGCCCAGGAGCCGGGUCCCAGCCCGCGGAGUUAGGGUCGCCUUUCAUGUCGCAUUAAAAUAGUGCUUUCGGGCAUGGAAGUGGGACCCAAGUAUUUUAAGACUGAGAAUAUUAACGUUCCUUUUGCGUCAUUGUUUUGAUACUGUUUCAAGUUAUCGUGUGAGUCAAGCAGUGUAAAAGGGGAUGUUGGAUCUGCAGUAUUGAUGGCUCAGAGCCUUGACAUACAGAAGCACAGUUCUAGUUCCAGCCAGUUUGGAAAUUACUUUCUUUUUUCUUAUCUUUUUUUAUUGAGGUGUAAAAUACAAAUGAACUCAACAUUUCUAUCAUCCCAAGAAUUUCCCUCUGCUCCUUCCAAGUCAGCGAUGCCCUUGCCCGUCAUCAGCGUUUGGGCUUCUUUCUGCGUCUGUUAGUCUUGUCUGCCUGGGGCUUCCUGUCCAUGGGACUGUACAGCAUGCUCGGCUCCUCACUGUGAGGCUCACCCAUGAUGUUUCGGAAAGGUCACCACCAUAUAAUGGAAUUUUAUCUGAUUCUGUAGAUCAGAUUUCUUCAUUCUGGAUAUCAUGGUAACAAUACAGGAAGCAUGCAUAAUUUCUCAUUUCUGCAAGUAGUCUUAACUGCUGAAGGAAGAAAUUUUUUAAGCUACAAAAAAAUUCAUUUUGGUACCUUUUAUGGAAAUCCUGAUUUGGUUUUUAAUUUUUGGAUAACCUUUUACUAAAGGCAUGAACUAUCAAAGAACUUACCUCAUUGGGCAAAGCCACAUUAAUAAGAAUGCCUAGAAGAGGAUUCAUUCUUCAGACCCGGACCCACUGGCUGCUGUUGGGUCUUGCUUUACUCUGCAGUUUGGUACUGUUUUUAUAUCUUCUGGAAUGUGCCCCCCAGACGGAUGGAAACGCAUCUCUUCCUGGAGUCAUUGGAGAAAAUUAUGGUAAAGAGUAUUAUCAGGCCCUACUGCAGGAGCAAGAAGAACAUUAUCAAACCAGGGCAACCAGUCUGAAACGCCAAAUUGCCCAACUGAAACAAGAAUUACAAGAAAUGAGUGAGAAGAUGAGAUCAUUACAAGAGAGAAAGAAUGUUGGGGCUAAUAGCAUAGGUUACCAAGGCCACAAAGAACAAGCACCUAGUGAUCUGUUAGAGUUUCUUCAUUCCCAGAUUGACAAAGCUGAAGUUAGCAUAGGAGCCAGACUACCUAGUGAGUAUGGGGUCAUUCCCUUUGAAAGUUUUACCUUAAUGAAGGUAUUCCAAUUGGAAAUGGGUCUCACUCGCCAUCCUGAGGAAAAGCCAGUUAGAAAAGAUAAGCGAGAUGAAUUGGUAGAAGUUAUUGAAGCUGGCUUGGAGGUCAUUAAUAAUCCUGAUGAAGAUGAUGAACAGGAAGAUGAGGAUGGUCCCCUUGGAGAGAAACUGAUGUUUAAUGAAAAUGACUUCAUAGAAGGUUAUUACCGCACCGAGAGAGAUAAGGGCACCCAGUAUGAACUCUUUUUUAAGAAAGCAGACCUUAUGGAAUACAGACAUGUGACCCUGUUCCGCCCUUUUGGACCUCUCAUGAAAGUGAAGAGCGAGAUGAUUGACAUUACUAGAUCAAUUAUUAAUAUAAUCGUACCACUUGCUGAAAGAACUGAAGCAUUUGUGCAGUUCAUGCAGAACUUCAGGGAUGUAUGUAUUCAUCAGGACAAGAGGAUUCAUCUCACAGUGGUGUAUUUUGGUAAAGAAGGACUGUCUAAAGUCAAGUCCAUCCUAGAGUCUGUCACAAGUGAGUCUAAUUUUCACAAUUACACCCUGGUCCCACUGAAUGAAGAAUUCAACCGUGGGCGAGGACUGAAUGUGGGCGCCCGAGCUUGGGACAAGGGCGAGGUCUUGAUGUUCUUCUGUGACGUUGACAUCUACUUCUCAGCCGAAUUCCUUCACAGCUGCCGCUUAAAUGCUGAGCCAGGUAAGAAGGUGUUUUACCCUGUGGUGUUCAGUCUUUACAACCCUGCCAUUGUGUAUGCCAGUCAGAAUGUACCCCCUCCUGUGGAGCAGCAGCUGGUUCACAAAAAGGAUUCUGGCUUUUGGCGAGAUUUUGGCUUUGGAAUGACUUGUCAGUAUCGAUCAGAUUUCCUCACCAUUGGUGGAUUUGACAUGGAAGUUAAAGGUUGGGGUGGAGAAGAUGUUCAUCUUUAUCGAAAAUACUUACAUGGUGACUUGAUUGUGAUUCGGACUCCGGUUCCUGGUCUUUUCCACCUGUGGCAUGAGAAACGCUGUGCUGACGAGUUGACCCCCGAGCAGUACCGCAUGUGCAUCCAGUCCAAAGCCAUGAAUGAAGCCUCUCAUUCGCACAUGGGAAUGCUGGUCUUCAGGGAAGAGAUAGAGACACAUCUCCGCAAACAGGCAUACAGGACAAACAGCGAAGCUGUCGGUUAACGUCACCAUCAACACGUUAGUCUGAAACUCAAACCAGCGCUGAACCACAAACCAGCACUAUUUAUUAGCCUUAAUUUCAGUGCCAGAUGCAGUGCCUCUUUCAGAGAAGACAUGCUUAUCUCCUGUGCUCUCUCUGACAUUACCUUAGCAGUUUAACUUCAUAGGAGAAGAAAAAGCAACUGUUUCAAUGCAAAGCCUGUUUUGUGAAAAUACUGCACUAUGGAAUCACUCAUAACUUGAAAUUUGGUGUUUGGUCCCAAAGUAGUUUUGAGUUAGUUUGUAUCUGCACCCAUAUUCUGAUGUGUCCUGGUUGCAUCUCGGCUAAGGGAUGGAGUGUGUUGUGACGAUGGCAGGUAAGGAGCAUCCCAUUCCCACAGAGAUGGAGCAUAGCAGGUGGAGUAUGUGGACAAGGGUUCUUCACCUGCCGACCACUGAGUCAGCUUGCUUGGUUUUUAGUUUUUUAUUUUUUAUUGAUUUUAGAAAGAGAAGAAGGGGGGAGGGGGAGAGAGAGAAACA